AUGACAGAAACACGCAAAAGAAAAUGCCUAUCAGAUAGCGGAAAUCCCCAGGAGGAUGCAGGGUCUCUAGCGACAGACCAGCAAACUAAGACGGUUGCAGAUGCGGCUGGCUCCUCCCUCCAAAAGCCCAAAUCUGGCCGAACACUCUUUGUGCGGUCUCUCCCCGCGUCCGCAACGACUGAGAGCUUAACAGAGUACUUCUCGCAAUCAUACCCCUUGAAGCAUGCUACCGUUGUUCUUGACCCUCAGACGAAACAAUCGAAAGGCUAUGGAUUUGUCACCUUUGCCGACCACGAAGAUGCCGCGAAGGCUUUAGAGGAAUUCAACGGCUCGGAUUUUGAUGGUAGAAAACUCAAAAUUGAAGUCGCUGAGCCACGCCAUCGAGAGAUUGACGAAAACGGGGGAAAGAGUGUGUCUAUUUCCCACCUGAAACAAGUGCGAGAAAUUCGAAAAACCCAAGCUCAACCGCCCAAACUCAUCAUCCGAAAUCUGCCAUGGAGUAUAGCGGAACCAGACCAAUUAUCCAGCCUAUUUCGAAGUUUUGGCAAGGUUAAACAUGCGGUUAUCCCGAAAAGAGGCACUAAACAUUCUGGGUUUGGAUUCGUGGUCUUGCGUGGUAGGAAAAACGCGGAGAAGGCUUUGAACGCGGUGAACGGCAAAGAGGUUGAUGGAAGGACUCUGGCCGUUGAUUGGGCUGUGGAGAAAAGUGUCUGGGACGAGUUUCAAAAUCAUACGGAUGAUGUUAUUGAUGGUAAAGGCAAAGAGAAGGAGGGGCCUGAUAAUGAUAACAAAUUAAAUGAGAAAGAAGAUGAGUCCUCAACAGAUGAUGAAUUGAAUGGUAGGCUAGAGGAUGAUGAAGGAGAGGAGGAUGAAGAUGAUAUAUCUAUGACUGAUUUAGAGGGAGAUGAGGAAGAUGCAGGUAAAAAAAUUGAUGAGGAGGUCGAGGAUGAACGAAACGCUUCAACUGUUUUUAUCCGCAACCUACCUUUUAAUGCUACAGACGACUCGCUCUAUGAACAUUUCGUUCAAUUUGGACCAUUAAGAUAUGCCAGAGUUGUUGUUGACGCGGAAACAGACCGACCGAGAGGAACAGCUUUUGUUUGCUUUUGGAAGAACGAGGACGCAAUAUCUUGCCUUCGUGAUGCCCCGAAACGAACAGAUUUACUCCGGUCCGAAGAUUCGAAACCCAAGAUGUCUACCAUAAAACAUUCAGUUCUCGAAGACGAAAAUAAGGACCCUUCUGGAAAAUAUACAAUGGAUGGUCGGGUUUUACAACUAUCUCUCGCAGUUAGCAAAUCCCAGGCCGCUAAGUUCGAGGCCGAAGGCAGUUCGCGUAGGCAGGCUCGUGACAAAGACAAACGUCGACUAUUUCUUCUGUCUGAGGGUACCAUUCCGUCUAAUUCUCCCCUCUACAAACAACUCUCCCCUUCAGAAAUUGCAAUGAGAGAAACAAGCGCCAAACAACGACAGAAACUCAUUAAAAGCAACCCGAUGUUACAUAUCAGUCUCACCCGUCUAUCUGUUCGUAACAUUCCUCGGAACAUCGAUUCCAAGGCUCUUAAGGCGCUUGCGAGAGAAGCAGUUGUCGGCUUCGCGAAAGACGUGAAGAGCGGUCUACGUGAGCCCUUAUCGAAAGAGGAGCUUCACCGAAGUACUGAGGACAUGAAGGAGGCGGACAGGUUGCGGAAGGCAAAAGGGAAGGGUAUCAUCAAGCAAGCCAAGGUCGUCUUUGAAGGUAAAGAGGGCAGUAAGGUUGACGAGAAGAGUGGAGCUGGCCGAAGCCGUGGAUAUGGAUUCAUCGAAUACUAUUCUCACCGCUCUGCAUUGAUGGGACUUAGAUGGCUCAACGGACAUGCAGUUUCUGGAUCCGACAAGAAGAAACGGCUCAUUGUUGAGUUUGCGAUCGAGAAUGCGCAGGUCGUCAAGAGGAGGCAAGAUAAGGAGGAGAAAUCGCGAAAUCAUGAAGACCAUAGCGCAAGUCAACAAAGUCGCACGCAAAUGAAGGCAUCCCGAAGUCGUCAAGAUUCUUCAAAACCUAGCUUCCCUCCCCAGCAGGGAAUGAAGCGGAAGAGGUCCGAAAGCGCUGGGCAAGGGAACGCAAAUCCCAUGCCAACAACCAAGGCUGAUAAUGCAAACGAGACCAAGCUUGAGAAGGACAACCAGAUAGCGAAGAGAAAUAGAAUUAUUGCGAAGAAGAGGAUGAUGAGAAAAAAUAGGAAGUGA